AAUUAUUUACAGUAUAACCCAACAUAAGAGCAGCUCCGGCGUCCGUGUAGAGAGACGGAAGAAGAAAGAUGGCAGAAGAGUCGGAAAAGAGGUUCGAAGAGAUAAUGAAGAAGCUCUUUCAUGCUCCUUCCAAUUCCAGAGCCAAAUCAUCCGAUGCCAGCGGGGUCGGAGCUCAACAAUUAAGCGGCCGAAAGCGGCCUCACUCGUCUUCAGCGGGGAGGAAAUUAGUUGGCAAUGAAUUGGGGGGCUCAUUGUCACUUUUGCCAGCGGCGGGUCAGGCACCAGUGUGCAGGCCUUGGGACCGUGGCGAUUUGGUUAGGAGGUUAUCCUCUUUCAAGUCGAUGACCUGGUUUGCCAAGCCUCAGGUGGUGAGCCCUUUGGAAUGUGCUAGAAGGGGUUGGGUUAAUGUGGAUAUGGACACAAUUGCUUGUGUCUCAUGCAAUACCCGCCUCCUCUUUUCUACUCCAUCAGCUUGGGGAAAGCAACAAGUUGAGAAAGCAGCUAUGGUAUUCAGCUUGAAGCUGGAAGGGGGCCAUAAUUUACUGUGCCCUUGGACUAAUAACUCCUGUGCUGAAGAACUUGCUCAGUUUCCGGUUCUAUCCAGGGCGAGCUUGAUUGAGGACUACAAGGGGCGAAUUUUAUCACUAUCACAGCUAAUAGCUCUUCCUGUUAUUGGCCCUGUGGCCAUUGAUGACUUGAGAGCUUCUCAGCUGGAGAAAUUUCUUAGUGACUCUUCAAGUUUGGGUUAUCAAGAACCACUUGAAAGCUCUGGGACAGAAUCUUCAGGGCAUGUGCCUGCAACUAGUUCUCCCAUCUUGUACUAUCAGGCACAGAAGCUGAUCAGUUUGCUUGGCUGGGAACCUCGUAUAUUACCUUACAGAGUUGACUUCAAGGAUGGGCAAAGUUAUGCUAUUAAAGAUGCCAAUGUAACAAUUGCAACAGGGCACAAACCGAAAGAUAAUAUCCAGUCUUCAAGUGAGGACACCGACCCUUCUAGUGAGCUGCAGGUUGAUCCUAGUUGUGUUGUUCUCGAUUGCAAGUUAUGUGGGGCCAGCGUUGGAUUAUGGGCUUUCAGUACUAUCCCACGGCCUUUGGAGUAUAUAAGAUUUGUGGGGUUUACAGAAGUUACUGAUAAAGGUAUUGUCGCCCAUGAUGAGGCUGGUGCAAAGGAAGGUUAUUCAGACAAUCGAAUAUGCACUGGAAGUAGUGGAGGUAUUGGGAAUACUGGUAACAGUUCUUCAACGUCAUCAGGGUUCACAAUUGCUGGUGGUCCUCCACCUGCGUCGCUAAACUAUGGUGCAACCAUAUCUUUACCCAUUGUUGGCCAGAAUUUGAGAGCAAGAUUGCCAAUAAAAACUGGAAAUAAAGAUCACUCAGAUGUACAAGUGGAGAAUCAAGCGGUGGUGCAUCAAAGUGAAACCAUCAGAGCUGAAGAAACCUUUGUAACCAUAGAGCCAAAUGCCAUUGCAGAUAAACCUUUGGAGGCCCCUGAAUCUGUUGCAGAAGGCACUGAUUUGAAUUUGUCUGGAACAGGAAAGGGAGUCAAUUCAGCAGCUGCUGGUGAAUUAUCUAGCUCAACCCCUGAGGAUAUUUCCUCAAUUACAAAUGCAGGAGGGCUUGAGCCUCACAGAGAACAAGUGUCCGGAAACCAAGAAGAAGGUGGCAGCUACGGAAAAAACUAUGUGGAUAGUCUUGGGAUAGGGGCUUCACAGAGCGAGAAACCUAUGCUCUUUAGUACAAGAGAGCAUAAGAAAUUAUUAUCUUUUAGUAAACCGAUGGAGUUCGACCCAAGCAAACAGCACAGGCACUUUUGCCCCUGGAUUUUGUCUACUGGAAAAUCUGCUCCUGGAUGGCUACAGACACUAUCAGCUUUAGAAGAAAACAAGGAGCUCAGCAAUGUGUGCUCAUCAAGCUUGGUAGAGGUUGAUGACCCUGUUGAGUCUGUGAGGACAUUAUUCACAUCUCCUGACAAGAAGAGAGCCAAAAUUUGUGGUGGGAGCUGUUAAAUUACUACUCGUAACAUCAUUGUGUCACUAGUAUUCUGAAAGUGGCGGACACUGGCAUCCCUCAGCAUCAGAGCCCUUCAACUCCUACAACUUGUGACCUGCCAAUUUCUUCUUUAUUUCCGCUUAUUCUUGAAGAAAAUUCUAUUUAGCAGGGAGUAGUAGGAUUGGCCAGAACAGAAAUUUUUAGGUGAGAUUUUCACAAUCACCUCAUAGCUAGUUUGUAUCAUCAUCAUUAAUUGUUUGCUAAUAGACUCUUUCAACUGUAGAAGUUGAAGGAAAUGGUUGUUAUCCCAGAUAUAUACCUUUUUCAUGUUCGAUUUAUGUUCUUAACGAAAUCGAGGCGGAGAAGGGGAUUAGAGUUGGGAUUGGGAGAUGUGGAGGCCGAGAGGAGCGGGAAUCAUGGUUUUUGUUGGGUUUAGAUUAUCUGCUUGGAAUGUGAACGUUGAUUGAUAUCUGUGGCUUAAAUUCACUUGGUUCAUUUAUCUUCAUUCCAAUAUUAAUCUUUUAGCUUUGCUGUUUUUCAUUUU